UCUGUCGCCUUUGCUUUUCCUUUUGCAUGGGUGGGAGGAGCCGGUUUCCUGCGAUUGUCUGUCUCUUUUUUUUUCUCUGAAGUUGCAUAUUCAAAACCUUAGCCUUUUCACUGAGCAGCCAGUGUUUGUGCUGCUAACCAGCAGAUCAGCAGUCAGACUUGUUCUUGCUACGCCACACGGAGACUGCGUUUGUGUUGCUUUCCUUCCUGGCUAGGAGCUCUCCUUCACUGCGUUUUUCUCCAGGCUUCAAAGAUGACAGGGGAAAGGAUUGUUUGGCAUAGUAAGCUGUCAUUGUUUAAGGCAGACACUGCUACAGAUGCAGCCAAUCAAAAGGCGUGAUACAAACCCGUACUGCACACAACUAUUACUGUCAUACCGCGAUGCAGCCAUUCAAAGUGCGCGGCACAGACACGUACCACGCAUAAUUGGCGAUGCGCGAGGACGCAAAAUACCGUGGUAGCUAGCCAGCUUCUGUGGGAUAUGAUGUCAUCUCUACAUUGGUUCAAUUGAAGAUGGAAACACUGGAGCCGGAGCUAACCUGCCCAAUUUGUCUGGAGUUAUUUGAAGACCCUCUGCUGCUGCCCUGUGCCCAUAGCCUUUGCUUUAACUGUGCCCACCAUAUCCUGGUGUCUCACUGCUCUACCAACUGGCUCGUUGAGUCCAUUUCUGCCUUCCAGUGCCCUACUUGCCAUUACAUCAUUACACUUAAUUGUCGUGGCCUGGAGGGGCUGGAGCGCAAUGUUACCCUGCAGAAUAUUAUUGACCACUUCCAGAAAGCUUGUCUGAGCAGACCCAGAUUCCCUAGUAAGAGCCACGGUGAGCUCCCCUACAGUACCCAAGGCAGCACCACCACCAAUAUGUCACUCGAGCGCAUUGGCUGUCAGUUUUGUGAGCAAGAUCCGCCUCGUGAGGCCGUUAAGACUUGUGUCACCUGUGAGGUGUCGUACUGUGACCGCUGCUUACGGGCUACACACCCCAACAAGAAACCUUUCACCAGCCAUCGGUUGGUAGAACCUGUGCCCGACACCCACCUGCGUGGGCUCACAUGCUUGGAACAUGAAAAUGAGAAAGUCAAUAUGUACUGCAUUGCCGAUGAUCAGCUUAUAUGUGCCUUGUGUAAGCUGGUGGGCCGACACAGAGAGCACCAGGUGUCCUCAUUGAGUGAACGCUAUGACAAACUCAAACAAACUCUGGAAAACAAUCUUACAAACUUGGUGAAAAGAAACACUGAGUUAGAAAAUCAGAUGGCCAAGCUCAUUCAAAUCUGUCAACAGGUAGAGGUGAACACAGCUGUGCAUGAAGCCAAGCUGGUGGAGGAAUGUGAUGAGCUGGUGGAAAUUAUCCGGCAAAGGAAACAAGUCAUUUCUGUGAAAAUCAAGGAGUCAAAGGUGAUGAAGCUCCGUAAACUGGCACAGCAGAUUGCCAACUGCCGUCAGUGUCUGGAACGUUCAAGUGCACUCAUCAUUCAGGCAGAGCACAGCCUAAAAGAAAAUGACCAUGCCCGCUUCCUGCAAACAGCCAAGAAUGUAGCUGAAAGAGUUGCCAUGGCAACAGCAUCCUCUCAGGUCUUGAUACCAGAUGUCAAUCUGAAUGAGGCCUUUGACAACUUCGCUCUCGAUUUUUCCAGAGAAAAGAAACUUCUAGGAGGGCUAGAUUACUUAACAGCACCUAACCCUCCCUCUAUUCGAGAAGAGCUCUGUACAGCCUCCCAUGACACCAUCACAGUCCACUGGACUUCUGAAGAUGAAUUCAGUGUCAGUUCAUAUGAACUACAGUACACUAUCUGUACUGGCCAAGCUAACUUCAUCAGUUUAUACAACUCUGUUGACAGCUGGAUGAUUGUCCCCAACAUCAAACAGAACCACUACACAGUGCAUGGGCUGCAGAGUGGCACACGUUAUGUUUUUUUUGUCAAGGCUAUAAACCAAGCUGGCAGCCGAAACAGUGAGCCUGCCAGGCUCAAGACCAACAGUCAGCCUUUCAAGUUGGAUCCCAAAACAGCCCACAAGAAAUUACGCCUGUCAAAUGACUGCUUGACAAUGGAGAAAGAUGAAAGCUCACUGAAGAAGAGUCACACACCAGAGCGGUUCAGCAGCACUGGAUCCUAUGGAGCAGCUGGAAAUGUCUUCAUUGACAGUGGCUGUCAUUACUGGGAGGUCCUACUGGGAACCUGUACACUGUAUGCAGCUGGUGUGGCUUAUAAAUCAGCCCCAAAGAAUGAGUGGAAUGGGAAGAACUCCUCCUCUUGGGUGUUCGCACGUUGCAAUAACAACUUUACUGUUCGGCACAACAGCAAGGAGAUGCUUGUAGAUGCAAGCCUACAGCUAAGGAGACUGGGCAUACUCUUGGACUAUGACAACAAUAUCUUGUCUUUCUAUGAUGCUAUGAAUUCCCAGCAUCUACACACCUUUGACAUCUCCUUCAUUCUACCAGUGGUGCCCACCUUUAUGAUCUGGAACAAAUCUGUAAUGAUAAUGUCUGGCCUUCCAGUACCAGACUUCGUAGACUGUACAGAGCAGCAGGAAUGCAUCUGUAGAUCUCAGGAAUCACCUUAUGUUUCAGGAAUGAAAGCUUGUCACUAAGGCUAAAAGACACAUUUAAUAUUAAAUUUCUGGGUCAUUGGCUAUUUUCAAACCACUGGAACACUGCAUAAACAUAUGCCAUUUAAUCAUAAAUAUAUAUAAAAAAACAUUUUGGUAGCAUAACGUUCACUUUCACAGCAUGUGACUUAUAUGACAUGACUACUAGUCUUGUAUAGUAUAAUCAAUGAGAACAAGUCAAUUAUUUAUGGAUAUUAAGGUGGAUUUCUUCUUUGUAGAUUGGUUGUUUUCAUAAUGCAUAUUUUGGUUAUUUUUUCCAUGUGUAAAAUGGAAAGGGGUUGUAUUUGUAAGUAAAUUUAAGUAGAAUACAGAUGCUUUAUCUAACAGAGAAACUGAUAGAAUUUGAUGUUUCUAACAUUUAAAAGGUGGGUACAUUUUAUCCUUUGACUACAAAAAUGAAACGCCAAAUGUUAUAAUUCCAAGACAGAAGAAUUAAGAAACUCUUAAAAGUCUAUUGUAAGAAAUUAGUUUAGAUUGCGUUGCAUGAUUUUAACAAUUUUAUAACACAUGUAUAUAGUUAUUCUUGGAUUCCUUUUUCAGUAGUGAUAAAACAUGAUAGACACUGAGAGUUAUGUUCAAUGGAAAAACUACCAUUUGGUUUUGCACAACAAUCCACUCAUUGGAAACCUAUCAGAUACUAUAUUUCACGUUCUUUAGAUGUGUAACAAAGAUCUCUUUUACUUUUUUCCAUUCAUGACUGCUGUUUCCAGAUAUAAGUGAAAUCAAGAAAUCACAAAGAACAACAUACAGACUUACAGGAUAACAAUCCCUGCAAGCUGAAGAAGUUUUCUUUUCUACCAAUCUAGAACCUUGUUUUUGGAUCUUUACACUGAAAUUUUCCUCAUUAGAAGGAAGCAUGCAAGAUGGAAACCUAUUAAGAUUAAGAUGUCCAAUUACAGAUGCAGCCAUUCAAAACGGGUGGGGUAUUUCGCGGUACA